AGUUGAUUUUUUGCGUUGAAAGUGUUUGGUUCGUCGCUCUGCCGUUCGCCUGGGUCGUGGUUGUCGUAGUCUUUCGUCGUUCCGGUUAGACGGCGCAGAAACCCCGCCAUGGAUUGAGAUUGAUUCGAAAACGAUUCCGAAAAUAUUGUGUGUGCCAAAAUAUACAAAAGAAUCAGCAAAUAAAACAAAAAAUCUAAAAACGAAAACACCGAAAAAAACCGAAAAAUGAGUGCAGUUCUAUUUUGAAUGGAUGGAUAGAGUGGCUGCCGGGUUUGUGCCAAGAAAGAUUUUCGGGCAAUUAAAUUGAAGCAAAAGUAGAAUAAAAACUUGACAAGAUGCAGUUGCCACAGUUGCCACAGUUGCAGUUGCAGUUGCAGCAUUUAUCAGCGGAAAGUGCGUUUAAAAAUACCAACGUCAGCGAGAUCAAACGGCGAAGACAUAGAAGAAACAAUCAAAAUGUCGACGCAGCGUCGCAGCCCAAAAGGCUAAAAAUAAUCAGCGGCCAGAGGAUGUCAGCCGUAGUAUUCCCCAUGCUGCUGAUACUCUCUGGAUUAAAUGGAUUAACACAAGUUGCCGCGCUCAAGGGUGAAAAUCCACGCAUCAUUGAGCAUCCCAUGGACACGACGGUGCCAAAAAAUGAUCCAUUUACGUUUAAUUGCAAAGCCGAAGGCAAUCCAACACCAACCGUACAAUGGUACAAGGAUGGACGCGAACUGAAGACGGAUGCGGGCUCCCAUCGCAUGAUGCUGCCCGCGGGUGGCUUAUUCUUUCUCAAGGUCAUACAUUCGCGCAGGGAGAGCGAUGCGGGCACAUAUUGGUGCCAGGCGAAGAACGAGUUUGGUGUGGCAAGGUCCAGGAAUGCAACAUUGCAAGUGGCAUUUCUUCGCGAUGAAUUCCGUUUGGAGCCGCAAAAUACUCGAGUGGCCCAGGGCGAAGUGGCCCUGAUGGAAUGCGGUGCCCCACGCGGCUCUCCCGAGCCGCAAAUCUCUUGGCGCAAGAACGGACAAACCCUCAAUCUGAGUGCCGGGAACAAGCGUAUUCGCAUUGUCGAUGGCGGCAAUCUGGCUAUACAGGACUCGCGGCAAUCGGACGAUGGCCGCUAUCAGUGUGUCGUGAAGAAUGUCGUCGGCACACGCGAGUCGGCCACGGCCUUCCUCAAGGUUCACGUUCGUCCGUUCCUUAUUCGUGGACCGCAGAACCAAACGGCUGUCGUGGGCAGUUCCGUGGUGUUUCAGUGCCGCAUUGGCGGGGAUCCCCUGCCGGAUGUCCUUUGGCGUCGCACGGCCUCCGGUGGCAAUAUGCCUCUGCGUCGUGUGCACGUACUUGAGGACCGAAGUCUGAAGCUGGACGACGUCACGCUGGAGGACAUGGGCGAGUACAGUUGCGAGGCGGACAAUGCGGUCGGCUCAAUUACGGCCACGGGCAUCCUCACCGUUCACGCUCCACCCAAGUUUGUUAUACGCCCCAAGAAUCAACUCGUGGAGAUCGGCGAUGAAGUGCUGUUCGAGUGCCAGGCCACUGGGCAUCCCCGGCCCACGCUCUACUGGUCCGUGGAGGGUAACAGCUCCCUGCUGCUGCCCGGCUACAAAGAUGGCCGCCUGGAGGUAACGCUCACCCCGGAGGGUCGCUCCGUGCUGGCCAUCACUCGCUUUGCUCGCGAGGAUUCCGGCAAGGUUGUGGUAUGCAACGCUCUGAAUGCCGUCGGCAGUGUGAGCAGCCGCACCGUCGUCUCGGUGGAUACACAGUUCGAGCUGCCGCCGCCCAUCAUCGAACAGGGACCCGUCAAUCAGACGCUGCCCGUCAAGUCGAUUGUGGUGCUGCCCUGCCGCACGCUGGGCACACCCGUGCCGCAGAUCUCUUGGUAUCUGGACGGCAUACCCAUCGAUGUGCAGGAGCACGAGCGCAGGAAUCUCACUGAAGCGGGCGCCCUGACCAUCUCCGAUCUGCAGCGCCACGAGGACGAGGGUCUGUACACGUGUGUGGCCAGCAAUCGCAAUGGCAAGUCCUCGUGGAGCGGCUACCUGCGGCUGGACACACCCACCAAUCCCAACAUCAAGUUCUAUCGCGCACCCGAGCUCUCCACGUACCCAGGACCCCCGGGCAAGCCGCAGCUGGUGGAGAAGGGCGAGGACUCCGUGACGCUCAGCUGGACGCGCAGCAACAAAGUUGGCGGCUCCAGCCUGGUGGGCUAUGUGAUUGAAAUGUUCGGCAAGAACGAGACCGAUGGCUGGGUGGCGGUGGCCACUCGGGUGCAGAACACAACCUACACGCAGUCGGGCCUGGUGGCGGGCGUCAACUACUUUUUCCUCAUACGCGCAGAGAACUCGCACGGUCUGUCGCUGCCCAGUCCCAUGUCGGAGCCAAUAGCUGUGGGCACGCGCUACUUCAACAGCGGCUUGGACUUGAGUGAGGCUCGCGCCAGUCUGCUCUCGGGCGAUGUUGUAGAACUGAGCAACGCCUCGGUGGUGGACUCCACCAGCAUGAAGCUCACUUGGCAUAUCAUCAAUGGCAAAUAUGUCGAGGGCUUCUAUGUCUAUGCGCGUCAGUUGCCAAAUCCAAUAGUCAACAAUCCGGCGCCAGUAUCCAGUCAUACGAACCCGCUGCUGGGCCCCACCUCUGCCACGGCCUCCGCCUCGGCAUCCGCAUUGAUUUCGACAAAACCAAAUAUUGCCGCUGCCGGCAAACGUGAUGGGGAGACGCCACAGCAGCAGCAGCAGCAGCAGCAACCAUCGACAUCGAGCACCAAAUAUCGCAUGCUGACGAUACUCAAUGGCGGUGGCGCCUCCUCCUGCACCCUCACGGGCCUCGUCCAGUAUACGUUAUAUGAAUUUUUCAUUGUGCCCUUCUACAAGUCCGUGGAGGGGAAGCCAUCGAAUUCGCGAGUGGCACGCACCCUGGAAGAUGUGCCCAAUGAGGCGCCAUUUGGCAUGGAGGCGCUGCUGCUCAACGCCUCCGCGGUGUUCCUCAAGUGGAAGGCGCCAGAACUCAAGGCACAGCAUGGCAUUCUCCUCAACUAUCACGUGGUGGUGCGCGGCAUUGACACGGCUCAUAAUUUCUCGAGGAUACUCACAAAUGUCACCAUUGAUGCGGCUUCGCCUACGCUUGUCCUGGCCAAUCUCACCGAGGGCGUUAUGUACACUGUGGGCGUGGCAGCGGGCAAUAAUGCGGGCGUGGGUCCCUACUGUGUGCCGGCCACAUUACGCUUGGAUCCAAUCACCAAGCGGCUUGAUCCGUUCAUCAAUCAGCGCUAUCCCAUCAAUCAGGAUCAUGUUAACGAUGUGCUGACACAGCCCUGGUUCAUAAUACUCCUGGGCGCCAUACUGGCCAUCCUCAUGCUCUCCUUUGGGGCCAUGGUCUUUGUGAAGCGAAAGCACAUGAUGAUGAAGCAGUCGGCACUGAACACAAUGCGUGGCAAUCACACGAACGACGUGCUCAAAAUGCCGAGUCUAUCGACACGGACUGGGAACGGCUACUGGCUGGAUGCAUCCACGGGCGGCAUGGUGUGGCGACCCUCGCCCAGCGGCGACUCACUCGAGAUGCAGAAGGAUCACAUCGCCGACUAUGCGCCUGUCUGCGGUGCUGUGAGUCCGGGGACUGUCGGUGUUGCCGGUGCGGGAGGCCCUGGCGGCGUCGGUGCUGCCAGCGGCAUCAGCGGCGUCGAUGACAUUCAUGGAGGACAUGGCAGUGAACGCAAUCAGCAGCGGUACGUGGGGGAGUACUCGAAUAUACCCACCGACUAUGCGGAAGUGUCCAGCUUUGGUAAAGCGCCCAGCGAGUACGGACGCCAUGGCAAUGCCUCGCCAGCGCCCUACGCCACAUCCUCCAUACUGAGCCCACAGCAACAGCAACUACAGCAGCAGCAGCAACGUUAUCAACAGCGAACAGUUGGAGCUGGACCAGGAACUGGCUAUGGCCUACAGCGACCCAUGCAUCCCCACUACCAACAGCAGCAGCAGCAUCAGCAGCAGCAUCCACAGCAGAUUCCCCCUGGCAACAUCUAUCAGCAAAUGUCGACCACCAGCGAGAUCUAUCCAAGCCAAACGGGACCCGCUCGCUCCGUGUACUCGGAGCAGUUUUACUAUCCCAAGGAUAAGCACAUGCACAUGCACAUCACCGAGAAUAAGCUGAGCAAUUGUCACACCUACGAGGCAGCGCCUGGGCCCAAGCAAUCGUCCCCGAACUCCACGCAAUUUGCCAGCGUGCGGCGGCAGCAGCUGCCACCGGGCUGCAGCAUCGGCAGGGACAGUGCACGCUUCAAGGUAAUCAACGCAAAUGCUGGACAGGUGAUGGAUCAGAGCAAGACCCAGACCCAAACCCAAACCCAACAGAACCUGCUCGAUCUGGAUGGUUCGUCCUUCUGCUACAACGGCCUCGCCGACUCUGGCUGCGGUGGCUCUCCCUCGCCCAUGGCCAUGCUAAUGUCCCACGAGGAUGAGCAGGCGCUGUACCACACUGCCGAUGGCGACCUGGACGACAUGGAGCGCCUUUACGUGAAGGUCGAUGAGCAGCAGCCGCCGUUGCAGCAGCAACAGUUGCUGCCCCUUGUGCCACAGCAUCCCAGCGAGCUGCUGCAGCCCUCGCCACACCAUCAGUCGUGGCGCGGGCAGGGCACUCGAGGCAGCCGCAAGAUGCCCCAAGAGUCCAUCAAUGUGAAGGAGGCCAACGAGUUGAUCUACGCCCCAGGCAGUGUGGCCAGCGAGAGGAGUCUGUUGAGCAACACUGGCAGCGGCAGCAGCGGCCAGCCUCCCUGCCACAAUGUCUGACCCCUGCAGAGCGGUGGGUCCAUGGGACAGCUAGGCAAGAUGCAGUCGGAAAAGCAGAUACAGAACCAGUCGCAGUCCCCCUCCCAGGAGCAGUUGUAUGCCCGUGAAGUGCGCGAGCUGCUCGCCUGGUGCGAACGCUUCAACAA